AUGGGAACCAUAUGUCGGUAUUAUGACGAGGGACUUGGAACAUCGGUAUCUAGAAGGUACCUAAAAAAUUUGGAUGAUAAGAUAAGGGAGCUGAAACACGAGAUCGCUAAAUAUGAAAACAAGAUUCAACGGAAGAAUCUGGCACACUCCAGCACAAGCAGUCAACAGGAAACCCAUGAGCUGUCCGAAGCUUCCGUAAGCUCAGGGUGCUUUAUAGAAGCUAACAGGGAUUCCUACUAUUUUGGGCCGGGGUCUGUGAUCUCAAUGGUACAUUCGGUGUCAAAGGUAUUGAACCUAAAUUCGGAAACAAAUAUUCUCAGCUCUAUUGACAAUUACACAUCAUUUCCUCAGAUAAAAGUCCCAUUUGACUUCUCCAUCAUCGGCAAUGACCAGUCCAGAUUGCUCAUUGAGAACUAUCUCAGUAAUAUUUAUCCUGUUUUCCCCUUGCUUCCAGAGAGCUUCUUUCAUUUUGAGGUCAUGAUUAGGAACUAUCCUUCAUACGAGCAGCUGUUUGUGCUGCUAAUAUUUCUCAUCUCUGCAGCUCACCUUAUGCGAAAACGAGUAGAUUUUGCUUACAUCAAGAUAAUGCUUCAACAAAAAGUAGCAGAGCUCAUGAAGGAGAAACUGAGAGAUUCUGAUGGUGACACUCUUCUCGCCCUAGUGUACUACGCUAUCUAUGAGAUGUUGGAUCCUGAAUCAGGAUCGCCGGUAUGGAAGACGCUUUCUUUGGCUUGUGGUUUAGCCGAAAAAUUGAGGUUCUCGAAUACCGGUAACGAAGGUCCAAUACCCGGAAGAGUGUGCAAACAAGUUCCUCGGGUUAGAUUGUUGAAAGUGCUCUACGAGCUAGAAACGAGUGUCUCUCUAUGUCUGGGCAGACCACCCUCAAUCUAUUUUUCAAGAAAUCAAAUUGCUCGUCUUGAAAUCGAUGAUGGUAACAACAGGAUGAUUUUUGUCGAGCUGACAAACAGAAUUGAUUUAUUCAAAGAGAUUUAUGGAAAAAUCUCUGGAUGCCCUGUCUGCUGGGCUGAAACACUGAUCGAGCAGCAGCUGGAGACUAAAUCUAAAUCUACUCAAUGGCUUACUGCUUGCUCGCUGCUCACUCAUAGUUGCUCUCAGUGUGAAAGAUCUAGCUUUUACCUGAAUGUUCUGCAAUCUUGUAUUGAGGUCAUCAAAAAUGCAAGCCAUAAAUUCCAAAAAUUUGCUCCGUUGUGUUUUUGGAUAGAAAUCUCCAACGUCACGCUAUCUCUACUAAGCUUAAUGGUCAUCGCAAAGCUUCAUCAUGAGGUACUCAAAGAUCCCCCUUUCCAGGGAAAAAUCAUUGAUGCCAUCAGUACUGGAAAGCAGCUACUUGUGAGAUAUUCGACCUUCUGGCCGAGUUCCCAAGCACUCCUUUCGUUCACAGAAUUUGCAUUGGAAAGCAUGAGUGUCUGUUAG